UUGGGUACCUGUAUAAAAGAUAUAAAGUUCUGCAAAUACCUGCUCAAUAAAGGGUAUCUUUUCCAUAAAUAUUGCCGUCCCAACAACAUAAAUGCUUGAAAAACGUAGUAUCAAUUACAGAAAUUUUUAGUGGCGCCAUCUACCCGAGGUCAAUAAAACCGACAGCUCGAGCAGCAUCAGCGGCUAGCACGAGGAGCCGAACGAGCGCUUUGGUUUGGUUUUCCGCCGUGUCGAUCUCGACUUCGAACGUCGCCGCUCGGCAAUGCCGACCGGGUGCUCCGUUCUCCUGUGUCCUAACCGGACUGCACAAAGCCCUCUUGUCCGUGCUAAAAAGCUCCAGUUCCAUCGUUUACCACGCGAAGAACGUCUCAGAAGUGAGUGGUGUGGAAGGAUUGGUAGAAGGGACCCUGGACAGGCAGACGUGCGCGUGUGCUCCGAACACUUCGACAGCGACCGCGACUACCGUCGCCUGCCAAGUGUUCUUCGCGAUGCCGGGCAGACGAUGAAGAACGUCUACCUGAAGCCAGAUGCUAUUCCUUCGCUCCGACUGCCCCCCACUGCGAAGCGCCUCUCCCCUGCCAAGGACCCAGCCGUGCCAACGUCGAAGCGCCGAAGAACUGAGAACGAUGAGCCGGUGGAGGUGGAUUGCUUCGAGAGGACCACACCUCGCGAGCACAGCUGUCAUUGUCGUCACCGACCGGCGACACGCGACACAGCGGUCCAGGCCGACCUGCAUGAAAAUCCGGGACCCGCACAGACUCCGAGGCCGCCUGGCACGAAGGACAGUUCUGUGGGCACAGACCGAUGGCUGGGAAAGCGAUCUACCGGCACGCAGUGGAAUGCCUACGCCAAAGGUAUCACCGCCCACUGGGUACAGACCGAGGACUUGGAGACACCCGACAGUAGCAGCACCACUGCCGGCAGCAACAGCACAACCACUGCCGCAGCCUUCGCCUCCACCACCACUACCUCUGCAGUGCCACCGCGAAGACCGGGCCCAGCAUGUGCAAUGAGCCCUGUCCUCAGUGAUUCGGACGAGGAGGAGGAGGAAGAAGAGGACGACGACGACGGCGACGACUGCGACGAUGACCCUCUGUGGGAGCCACCCACCAAAGGAGGCUUUGUCGAGAGUGCCACCACUGUGUCCGGAGAGCCAGACUACAAAGAACGAAAGUUCCUCGUGUUUGAGAGCAGCCUGCGGCAGUUGUUUGCGGUCUGCCAGACGUGCUACAGCCCCUGCAGUGUGUUACUGAGCACGAUUGGCACGCUCCUGACGGUGCACACCUCUUGCCCCGCUGGGCAUAAGAACCGUUGGGACAGUCAGCCCUACAUCAACGGCAGGCCUCUGGGGAACCUCCUCAUCACCAGCUUCGUCCUGUUCACGGGGGCCUCCCCAACCAUCACGCUGCGCCUGCUCCGCCUAAUGAACAUCGUGGUGAUCUCAAUGAAGACAUACACAAACUACCAGCGGGCAAUUUUGAUCCCAGCUGUUGAACAGGUGUGGGAGGAGGAGCAGGAGAAGCUGUUGGGAGAGCUCCGUGACCAACCCCUUGACCUUGCUGGUGACGGGAGGUGCGACUCCCCAGGCUACAGCGCAAAAUAUCUGACGUACUCUCUUCAUGCACCCCACGUGAACAAGAUCGUUCACUUAGAACAGGUUCAGGUAGGAGAGUGUGAGGCGGUUCCCAACAGUGGAAGUAUGGAGAAGGAAGGCCUGAUCAGGUCCCUGGCCUUUGCAAGGGAGAAGGAGCUGACAGUGCGGUCCCUGGCCACGGACAGGCACCGCUCAAUCGCCAAGCACAUGAGGGAGAAAGAGCCGGCUGUCCUCCACUUCUUCGACGUCUGGCAUGUGUCAAAGAGUGUCAAGAAGAGCCUUAACGCAGCCAGCAAGAGCCAUGACUGUGGCUCGCUGGUUGGGUGGGCACAGCCGGCGGUCAACCACAUGUACUGGUGUGCGACGGCGAGCCGGGGCAACCCUGACCUGCUGGUGGGUGCCUGGUCGAGCAUGACAAGGCACGUGGUCGACGUCCAUGCAGACCACCCCGGGAUGUACACCAAGUGCCUUCAUGAGCCCAUCGAAGAUGGUGAAUGGCUGGUGCCAGACACACCUGCCCAUGCCAGGUUUGUGGACGUCGUGUCCAGCAAGUCCCUACUCAAGGACCUGCGCCAGCUUUCCCCUGACACACAAACCUAUGGAUUGGAAUCUUUCCAUAGUGUGCUCAACCGCUUUGCACCCAAGUGGGCUGCCUUUCGCACAAAAGGCAUGCUCGCCAGGACCCGUGUAGCAGCGCUACACUGGAAUGAGAACAGCGAAAGGGAGCAGGCCACUACUAAGGCGGGUGAAAGGCAGUGGGCAGUGAGAUCGCCCAAGGCCAGGAAAGGGCAUCACACCGUCUGCCCCCAAAAGACAAAAGUCACAUAUGGUAUUCUGAAAGAAUUCUACUCUGUGGUCUUUUUAAUUGCUAUUCCUGUACUAUUAGGAGAUCAAUUUAAGUAG